AUGGAAUGUUGUAAAUGCAAGGAAGAAAUAAAAGAAGUAAAGAUGAGGAAAGAGCGUGACACUCUUGGGGAACUGGAAGUGCCAGAUGACAGACUAUAUGGAGCUCAGACCGUCAGGUCUGUCAUGAACUUCCCCAUUGGAGGGAUCGAGGAACGAAUGCCGUAUCCCGUGAUUGUGGCCUUCGGUAUCCUAAAGAAAGCAGCUGCAAAAGUGAAUAUUGAGUAUGGACUUGAUAAGAAACUCGCGGAAGCCAUUAUGCAGGCCUGCGAUGACGUCAUAUCCGGCAAGCUGUAUAGAGAGGGUCACUUCCCGCUCGUCAUCUGGCAGACGGGGUCUGGCACACAGUCUAACAUGAACACCAAUGAGGUGGUUGCAAACCGAGCUAUUCAAAUCUUGGGUGGUAAGUUGGGCAGUAAAAGCCCCGUGCACCCCAACGACCACGUGAACAAGUCGCAGAGCUCCAACGACACGUACCCCACCGCCAUGCACAUCGCCGUCGCCAUGGAGCUCAGGGACAGGCUCAUGCCCGGGCUUGUAGCACUUCGCGAUACUCUUCAAGCAAAAGCCACGGAGUUUGAAAAGAUCAUCAAAAUCGGAAGAACCCAUCUGAUGGAUGCCGUACCAUUGACAUUAGGCCAGGAGUUCAGUGGAUACGUGGCUCAGUUGACUUUUGGUAUUGAGCGCAUAUGCAGCACCCUGCCACGCCUGCACUACCUGGCGCUAGGUGGCACGGCUGUCGGCACUGGACUCAACACACGUAUCGGAUUCGCUGAGAAAUGCGCCGCAGAGAUCGCAACUAUUACUGGUAUUCCCUUUGAAACUGCACCAAACAAGUUUGAGGCGUUAGCUUGUCACGACACAAUGGUCGAAGUAUCUGGAGCGCUGAACACAGUUGCAUGUUCAUUGAUGAAAAUCGUCAACGACAUUCGUUUCUUGGCGUCCGGACCUAGAUGCGGGCUGGGUGAAUUGAUGCUGCCAGAGAACGAGCCGGGAUCAUCUAUCAUGCCUGGUAAGGUGAACCCGACUCAGUGCGAAGCGUUGACUAUGGUAGCAGCGCAAGUAAUGGGCAACCACGUCGCCUGCACCAUUGGAGGCAGCAACGGACACUUCGAGCUCAACGUCUUCAAAACUAUGAUGGUCGCUAACGUGCUCAGGUCGAUUAGGCUCAUGGGUGAUGCUUGCCAGGCGUUCAACAAGAACUGUGCGGUGGGUAUUAAGGCGAACACGGCCAAGAUUGACAAGAUCAUGCACGAGUCCCUCAUGCUGGUCACUGCCCUGAACCCUCACAUUGGAUACGAUAAGGCCGCUCAAAUCGCGAAAACUGCUCACAAAGAAGGCGGCAACUUGAGAGACACAGCUAUCAAGCUAGGACUCCUAACACCAGAACAGUUCGACCAAUGGGUCAAACCAGAAGAGAUGUUGGGACCGAAAUAG